GCUGGUCAGGCUCCGCGGCGCAGCUCGAAAAUGAAUAAUCGCCCCCAAUUGACUUAAAUUCCACCGAAGCCGGCGCCGCGGCCGCCCGCCGCCCGGGACCUGCUCGCUGUGUUUUUUGCUUUCUCCAUUCUUCCUUAAAAAAAAAAAAAAAAAAAAAAAACCAAAACAAAACCAGCCAGCCAGCCAACCAAGACUCCGGUUUGUUGAUCGCCUUUUUUUUUUUUUUUUUUUUUUUUCACCGUUUGCGGGAUUUGCAAACCGAGUUACAUGCAUGUCCAGUGGGGGUAGGUUUAAUUUUGACGAUGGAGGGUCCUACUGUGGAGGCUGGGAGGACGGCAAGGCGCACGGCCAUGGCGUCUGCACCGGCCCCAAGGGCCAAGGCGAAUACACCGGCUCGUGGAGCCACGGCUUCGAGGUACUGGGCGUCUACACCUGGCCCAGCGGCAACACGUACCAGGGCACUUGGGCGCAGGGCAAGCGCCACGGCAUCGGCCUGGAGAGCAAGGGGAAGUGGGUGUACAAGGGCGAGUGGACGCACGGAUUUAAGGGGCGCUACGGGGUGCGGGAGUGCACGGGCAACGGGGCCAAGUACGAAGGGACCUGGAGCAACGGGCUGCAGGACGGCUACGGCACCGAGACCUACUCCGAUGGAGGGACCUACCAGGGCCAGUGGGUCGGCGGCAUGCGUCAGGGCUACGGCGUGCGGCAGAGCGUCCCCUACGGCAUGGCAGCGGUCAUCCGCUCGCCCCUGAGGACCUCCAUCAACUCCCUGCGCAGCGAGCACACCAACGGCGCCGCGCUGCACCCCGACGCCUGCCCCACCGUGGCCAGCAGCCCGGCCGUGUCCCGGGGGGGCUUCGUGCUCGUGGUGCACAGCGACUCCGAGAUCCUCAAGAGCAAGAAGAAGGGGCUGUUCCGGCGCUCGCUGCUGAGCGGGCUGAAGCUGCGCAAGUCGGAGUCCAAGAGCAGCCUGGCCAGCCAGCGCAGCAAGCAGAGCUCCUUCCGCAGCGAGGCCGGCAUGAGCACCGUCAGCUCCACGGCCAGCGACAUCCACUCCACCAUCAGCCUGGGUGAGGGCGAGGCCGAGCUGUCAGCCAUCGAGGACGACACCGACGCCACCACCACCGAGACCUACGUGGGCGAGUGGAAGAGUGACAAGCGCUCGGGCUUCGGCGUGAGCCAGCGCUCGGACGGGCUCAAGUACGAGGGCGAGUGGGCUGGCAACCGGCGGCACGGCUACGGCUGCAUGACCUUCCCCGACGGCACCAAGGAGGAGGGCAAGUACAAGCAGAACAUCCUCGUGAGCGGCAAGCGCAAGAAUCUCAUCCCGCUGCGUGCCAGCAAGAUCCGCGAGAAGGUGGACCGGGCCGUGGAGGCGGCCGAGCGGGCGGCCACCAUCGCCAAGCAGAAGGCGGAGAUCGCGGCCUCCAGGACCUCCCACUCCCGGGCCAAGGCCGAGGCGGCCCUCACCGCGGCUCAGAAGGCCCAGGAGGAAGCGCGCAUCGCCAGGAUCACUGCCAAAGAGUUCUCCCCUUCCUUCCAGCACAGGGAAAACGGGCUCGAGUACCAGCGGCCAAAGCGUCAGCGUUCCAGUGACGACAUCGAGGUCAUCUCCACCGGGACACCCUUACAGCAGGAGAGCCCAGAGCUGUACCGCAAGGGCACCACCCCCGACGACAGCCCCCUGCAGAGCUUCCCCGCCAGCCCCACAGCCACCCCUCCACCGGCCCCUGCCUCGAGGAACAAGGUGGCCCACUUCUCCCGGCAGGUCUCGGUGGACGAGGAGCGGGGUGGGGACAUCCAGAUGCUCCUGGAGGGCCGGGGAGGGGACUGCGCCCGGAACAGCUGGGGAGAGGAGAAGGCCGGGGGCUCCAGGGGCGUCCGCAGCGGUGCCCUCCGCAGCAGCCAGCCCGCAGAAGCCUUCCGGGCCCGGGGCCCAGGCCACAGGCAGCCCAGCAACCCCAAGCCCCGGGAGCGGCGGACGGGGUCCCCCACCACGUUCUCCUGGACUUCCCACCACCGGGCCGGCAACCCCGGCCCGGGGAGCAGCAAGCUGCUGGAGCUGGACGAGGAGAAGCUGAGCAGCUACGAGAUGGAGAUGAAGCCCCUACUGCGGAUGGACUCCUACGCGCAGGAGGUGCACCCCCCGAAAGGACGCUACAGCAAGGGGGGCGCCGAGGACCGGGGCUUCGGGGCCCAGAGGCUGCGCUCCACGGCCCAGAACAAGGAGCACGCCAGGCCGGCCUCGUGCACGGAGCCGGCCGUUCAGAGGCUGGAGAGCCUGCGGCUGGGGGACCGGGCGGAGCCCCGGCUGCUGCGCUGGGACUUGACCUUCUCUCCGCCCCAGAGGUCCUCACCGGUGGCGCUGGAAUCGGAUGAGGAGAAUGGGGAUGAGCUCAAGGCCGGCACGGGCUCGGCGCCUAUCCUGGUCGCCAUGGUGAUCUUGCUAAACAUCGGAGUCGCCAUUUUGUUUAUUAACUUUUUCAUCUGAGGAGAUUGUCGCAUUAGCAAAAGCAGCUGGUGUACAAACGGGG